AUGGCUUUUGGCGACGUAAAAUCAGCACAAGGACUUAGCGAACUGAACAAAUAUUUGGCUGAAAGAAGUUACAUAUCUGGAUAUGUGCCAACUCAAGCCGAUGUUCAAGUGUUUGCUGAGGUAGGCAAAGCGCCGGCUGCCAGCUUGCCCCAUGCCCUUCGUUGGUACAACCACAUCGCAUCAUACUCUCCAGCUGAGCGCAAAUCAUGGGCUGAGGGAGUGAGUCCUUUAAAAGCUGGAGGCAAACCUACAACAGCACCUGCCGCAGCCAAGGAUGAUGAUGACGACGAUGUUGAUCUAUUUGGCUCUGGAGACGAAGAAGAGGAUGCAGAGGCUGCCAGAAUCCGUGAUGAACGUUUGAAGGCAUAUGCUGAUAAGAAAUCUAAAAAACCAACACUUAUUGCUAAAUCGUCCGUCAUCCUUGAUGUCAAACCCUGGGAUGAUGAAACCGACAUGAAAGAAAUGGAAAAACUUGUUCGAUCAAUCGAAAUGGAUGGUCUUCUUUGGGGUGCUUCUAAGCUAGUCCCAGUCGGAUAUGGUAUCAAUAAACUACAGAUUAUGAGUGUCAUAGAAGAUGAUAAAGUAUCAGUCGAUUUAUUAACAGAAAAGAUCCAAGAUUUUGAAGAUUUUGUACAAUCUGUUGAUAUUGCCGCCUUCAAUAAGAUUUAA